AUGUUGCUCAAAGGCACCUUCAGUACUACUACUAUUACAACUGCUGCGCUGCGCAAACAUAACGAACGCGCAAGAGUGCACUAUUUUCUGAAGAAGGAAGAGGAGAGAAAUAGACGUUGGCACUCGUCGUCGUCUUCAGUCUCGUCCUCGUUGCGCCGGGUUGAGGAAAGAGUCCGAGUGAAAAAGCUCCAUCGUGAACCCCUAGGAGGAGCAGGGAGAACACCAAAAGCGAGUACCAACGACUUGGUAUUUUCCGUGAGCGACGACGACGAUAACAACAAACGCGAAGAGGGAAAAAGAAAAGUUAUGUAUGAUUUCUGCGUGACGUAUCCGUGGGCAAUAAUGGUGGCCGGGAGCGGCGUCGCCGGUUUCGUGCUGAAGCGCUCCAUACCUUCACUCGCGAGCGGCUUGGUGCUCGGCGCGUUGCUUUUCUUGUUCGCAAAUAAGAGUUUACAACAGUGGCAAGAAAAUAGACAAACUCGGAUAUACACGUUCUUGUCACUUUGUGUGACUGCGUUAUUGAUGGGUAUAAUGGCACCAAAGUAUAUUUUGCGAAACGGAGCAUUUUUCCCGAGCGGGAUGUUAACCAUAGGAGGAGGGAUUGUCGGUGUAUACUACAUCAUCCUUUUGCUCGUCGGGGGAAACGCAGCACUUGGAAAGAAGAACAAGAAGCAAGAGUAG